CGGGCCCAUUUAUAAAAAAAUAAACAAGUUAAGAAAAAGAUACACAUUUCACGAUUUGAUUUAUUCAAAUAGAAGAAAAAAAAUAGUCAAUUUGAUUCACAUAGAUGUAAUGAAUAAAGAUAAAAAAAAACUCGCAGGCGCAUUGGACAAAAUUGUUCAGAAGCAAGAAAGUCUAAGUUUCCCACUAGGAUUUAAGGAGGUCAUACAUUAUUUCCACACAAAUUUUGUCUAUUAUUUUGUACUUCUCUCCAUUCUAGAUAGUAACCCGUGGAUGUUGUGUCUACUUAAAAAAGUCAACAAACUCUUUCGUGAUAAAUUCAGAGCCAAUUUGUUUGGAAAAACUAUGUGCGACAUUUCUACGUUUGAAAAGAAGUACAUCUGGAAUGGAGCCCUAAUUGAUAGAUACUUCAAAAGGCUCUUAAAGAAGCACCAUAGAAAAUUACGCGUUCUAGUAGAUGCUUGCUUGAAAAAAGAUGAAUCCUUUUGCCACACCGCUAAGCAAAGCAGAUGCACCUACCAUCUCGAAAAUAACAACUAUGACGAUGACCAAUUUCUGUGUGCACUACGUAACAUACAUGCCAUACAUUUUUAUGACAUUUUUGAGGAACAUUUUUUCAAAAAAACCAUUAACAAUAUUAUGAAAAUGAUUAACACGAAUGUGCAGUUUAGUCUUUUGAAAAAUUUUAUUAGUGAUAGAUAUACGGCUCAGCAAAUUAUGUACACGCACAAAACGUUUUUCGCCUUAACUGUUCAGAAAAACAGUACCCCUUUGUUUAGCUCAUUUGUCGAAAUGAAAAAGCUGAAGCAAAAAAUGGACUACCUUUUGGAAGAAACGGUAAAGAGACAACUAGAUGUAGCCAUACCCAAUUUAAGAAUAAUGAAUUUGCUAAAUUUGUCUCUCAUAAUGACCAAGUUGAUGUUGAACAAGCUCACCCAACUGUUGUUCUAUUUCGUCAUGUUGUACAUAAAGAAAAAGGCGCAUGAAAGAGGAGGGCCGCUCAUGCGGGUGCUAAGUGCCCUUUCGUUUGGCUA